AUGGUAAUGUACAACCAGUCUCAGGUCAAACCCUUGGGAAAGAAACGAUUCAAAGUCGUCAACCUCAAGAACAACAAGAAAUACAACAUCGAGUUUCAUCUCGUUCGUGGGAAGUGUAGAUCCAUUUUGGGCUUGAGGGCCAGCGAACAGCUUCAGCUGCUAACUGUCAACAGCCAGAAUAUCUGUUCUGUGGAGCUAAGUGGGGUAGAGGAGAAAGAUCCCAAGGUGGAAGAUUACAUUUCACAGUACACCGACGUAUUCACUGGGGAAGGCAAACUAGAAGAGCUACUCCACCUGGAGAUAGACAGAAACGUCCAGCCAGUCCAGUUACCUACACGGAAAGUCCCCAUUGCCCUCAGAGAGCCUCUAAAGCACGAACUGCACAGAUUGUCAAAUACUGGAGUGAUUCAGAAGGUCGAUACACCCACGAGCUGGAUUUCAGCACUUGUGGUCACAACUGAGAAAAAUGGCAAAGUUGGACUAUGUAUUGACCCAAAACCGUUGAAUGAAGCCUUACACAGAAAUCAGUACCCCUUACCUACAAUAGAUGGUGUGCUGCCCCUGUUAUCGAAGGCCCGUGUGUUCACGGUCCUAGAUGCGAAAAAUGGUUUCUGGCACAUACAGCUGGAUGAGUCAAGCAGUUUUGCUACUACCUUUGGAACACCCUGGGGACUCUAUCGAUGGCUUCGCUUGCCGUUUGGAGUAUCCCCAGCUCCAGAGGAAUUUCAGAGGAGGUUUGAUAUUGCACUUGAAGGCCUACAAGGGCAGACGGCUAUAGCAGAUGACAUCCUGGUGUUUGGAGCAGGGGACACCGACGAGGAAGCACUCAAAGAUCGCGACCACAACCUGCGAGAGGUGUUCGUCAGCUGUCGGCAAAAGGGCAUUAAGCUCAACCCAGAGAAGAUACAGUUCAGACAGAAGCGGGUCAGCUGCAUUGGCCACAUCAUAUCAUCGGAGGGCCUCCAGGCAGAUCCAAACAAGCUGAAAGCUAUCAAUAAAAUGCCGCCUCCUACUGACAAGGAAGGUGUCCAGAGAGUACUAGGCAUGAUAAAUUAUGUGCAAGAGUUUACCGCCAACCUAGCAGAUUUGGCCAAACCACUGAGAGAUCUUGUCAAGACGGACAAUAAAUUUAUCUGGGAUAAAGAAGUUCAUGGCCAGUGUCUAGAUCAAGUGAAGCAGGCCUUAACCCAGGCACCAGUACUCAAGAUCUUUGACCCCCAAAAGAAGACCGUACUCCAGUGCGACGCCUCUAUGAGUGGGCUUGGGGCGUGCUUGAUAAAAGAUGAACACCCUGUGGCGUAUGCCUCUAAGGCACUGACGCCUACGGAGACAAACUACGCUCAGAUAGAAAAAGAACUAUUAGCAAUUGUCUUUGGAGUUGAGCGAUCUGAGGGCUCUGUCUAUGGCAGAAAGGUUUUCAUUGACACUGAUCACAAACCUUUGGAAUCUAUCAUGAAAAAAAUUCUAUUAAGUGCACCAAAGCGGUUGCAGAGGAUGCUAUUGCGUCUACAGAAAUUUGACCUAGCUGUUUCCGACAGAAAGGGUACAGAGAUGCACAUAGCUGACCCACUUAGCCGAGCUUACCUCCCCCUAGGUACACUAGACAUAGAGGACACACAGGAAGUAUGGAGCAUUGCCGCCACAAGAUCACCAACGGAAGUUGAGACGGAGUAUGUAGACAUGGCGGAGUCUGUACCCAUUCGGAAACUAACCUUGCAGGAAAUAAAAAGUGCCACGGAAGUUGAUACAGAGCUCCAGACACUGACUCCUACUAUCACACAAGGCUGGCCCGAGAGAAGGACUGAAGUACCCUCCCAGUUGCAGGUCUACUUCCCCUUCAGAGAUGAGUUGUCAAUCCAACAUGGUAUUGUCUUCAAGGGUGACCGCAUUAUAGUGCCAUCUAGUCUCAGACAAUGCAUAAUGGCUAAAGUACAUGCUAGUCACCUGGGCAUUCAGGGGUGCCUCAGGAGAGCCAAAGAAGCCUUCUACUGGCCAGGCAUCUACAAGCAAAUCACGAAAUUCAUCUCAAGGUGCAGCAUCUGCAACAGCUACAAACCACAGCAGCAGAAAGAACCUCUGAAAUGUCUCGAAAUACCUGCACGACCAUGGCAGAGCAUCUCAGCAGACCUAUUCGAGUUCAAUGGUACCCAGUACUUGAUUACCACCGACUGCUACUCUAAUUUCUUCGAGUUGGAUAUACUAACGUCUACGACAGCCAGAUCGGUCAUCGACAAGCUGAAACCCCAUCUGGCCAGAUAUGGUCUUCCAGAUCGGCUCACCACAGACAACGGCCCACAGUUCGACUGUGCUGAGUUUCAGAAGUUUGCCGCCGAGUACCAGUUUGAACAUGUUAAAACGUCUCCACGGUAUCCUCAAUCCAACGGGAAGGCUGAGAACAGUGUCAAAACUGCCAAGAAUAUCUUGAGAAAAGCUGCUGAUGCAAGCCAUGACCCCCACUUGUCUCUACUGGACUUCCGGAAUACGCCAUCAGAAGGAAUGGAAAGCACCCCUGCACAGCGUCUCUUUGCGCGCAGAUCUUGUAUCUUGCUACCCAUGGCUAGACACCUACUUCAGCCCAAAGUCACUCCCCAUGUACACCGGAAUUUACAACUGAGCCAAAACAAGCAAUCGUUCUUUUUCAACAGAGGUGCUAAAGAUCUGCAGCCGCUAGGCGAUGGAGACGUGGUGCGGGUCCGACCGUUACCAGGUCAUUCAAGAUGGUUUAAAGCACAAGUGAGUUGUCAGGAAGCUCCACGUUCUUAUCAGGUCCACACGGAAGAUGGGAGAGUCUACCGCCGAGACCGUUCACAUCUGUACAAAGUUCCUGAGAACUUUCAGGCGAUGCCAGACGAAGACAUAGUAGAAUCGAAGGCCAAUGCUCAAACUCUACCCUCCACCAACAAACCUACUGAGGAGACACUCCAGGCGCCCCAUGAACCCUCAGCGUUGCAGUUACCAGAUGUGGCACAGCCAGAUCCACACCCAGCUUCGCCAGGUGUCCCUCCCCCUGUUUCUACUAGAAGUGGCAGGAUGGUUAGGAGACCUGCUUACCUCAAGGACUUCACCACCUAG